AUGAAGUUCUCGAUACCCGCCUUCGCGCUGUUCGUCUUCUCUGCUGCUGCUCAGCAGGUCAAUCGCACCCAGACCAACGGAUGGGGCAGUACACCAGCUCAGCGUCACUAUAUCAAUGCUCAACAGGCACUGACUGUUAUCAAUGCCGCAGUCAAUUUCUCUAAUUCGAUCAAUGUUCCCAACGAUAUCGCAGUCUUCGAUCCUUCUUCACAACUCGUGGCAUUCUUGAGAAUGGACAAUGCAUAUCUGGGUAGCGUCGAUAUCAGUAUGAAGAAGGCUAAGACUGUGACAUAUUUCAAUGGUCUAUUCCCGUCCUAUGGUCUUUUCAACCGAUCUCAACCAGGCGGUGAUCUCUUUGGCAUCGAGCAAACGAAUGGAGGCCUUGUCGUCUUUGGCGGCGGACAACCCAUCUUCGAUCCAAAUGGCUAUUUCAUUGGAGCUGUUGGUGUGAGUGGCGGAACUGUGCAGCAAGACAUUGACACAGCUGUACAUGCUGCUCAGAGCAUAGGGACAACUAUUACUAUGUAG